AUGACUCCUGCCCAGGUAACUCUCUCUUCUCCCCCUGUAGCAUCCAUAGCCUCCAUGGACAUGGGGCUGCUGCUGCAAGAUGAUGUUUUUGUUGACUUUUUCAACAUCUUUCUGAGCCUUCCUAUUUUUGGGCAGACACCCCUUUACAUCAGCGGCAUGGGCCGGUGGUGCCUGUGGCCAGAGCUGCCGAGCCACCUGGAUGCCAGCCCCGCAGCUUUGCUGGCUUGGUUGGAAAAGCAGCGUCUGCCUCACUUCUGCAAAUCCAGCCUGUGCCUGCACCUCGUCCUCUGCCAGAGGCUGCUGGCUUUCAUUCGCUCGGGGGAAGCAGCAGAGCUGCUGAACUGGCACAGUGCUGACCAGUGGCUGCUGGAGAGGUGCAUCAGCGGGAGCCAGGGCAUGCGGCACCUCUGUGCCUUCCUCCGAGGAACUGCAGGGGAAGAACUGAUGGACUUCUGGCUCAUCACUGAGAGGCUCCUGGGUCUGGAUGAGUCGGAUGGGAGUCAGAGGGAGCUGUUCUUGUCCCUGGAGCACAGGCUGAGAGCCACUCAUCUGCGUGAAGGCUCCAGCGUCCUCACCUUCUGCACCACCAUCGUGGGAUCUCUUCCAAAAGCCAAGCACAUCCAGUCCAUCAGCACCAGGAGGGAGAUCCUAAGCAAGAUGCAGGAACAGGUCCUGUUCAUGAUUCAAAGUUACUGGCUCCCUAAAUUCCUCGUGCACUGCAAGAUGGGGAUGGAGGAAGAGGAAUUGUGCUGGCCUUUGCUCCAGGAAUAUCAGGAACGUUUAUCACAGGCUGGCUGGCAGCCCCCAGGCCUUGCAGAGCCCCUCCCCACCAUGCACAUCAAAAGGAGCCAGGCUGUGCCAGGGCCCUACUGCAGCCAGAAGGCCAAAGCAGAGGUCUGGGCUAUGGUCAAGGAAGGGAGAGACAGCCAAGAAUUGAAAAUGGCCACUUUUCAGGUGAAAGCAGAGAAGCAGCCAGGGCCAGCUGGGAGCAGGGAGGAAUUGUGGCUGGAUAAGAAUGCUGUGGGAUCAACUCCCCAGCAGUCACAGCAUCCUGCCUUUGGAGGCAGAGGAAGAGCAGCAUUUCCUGGCAGACCUCAGUCCAGUGCAAAGCAGGAUCUACAAAACCUCUGUAAGGUGAAAAUGCUCCCUGACCUGCUUCCCUCUGCAUCCCUUGUCCGGCUGCCAUCCCUGAAAAAGCCAAUCAAGACUCUGGAUUUCCUUCCCUGGGCCCUGAGUGCCGAGGCUUGUGCUGGAAGACCCUUCAGAGAUUUCCUGCAGCACCAGAACAGGCCCAUGGAGAUUCUUCUCCUGGACCUGUGGCAUGACCUGGAGGAGUUUCUGCCCGUGGUGCUGGACUCCAGCAGAGAAAACAGCUUCUCCCUGCGCCAUCUGAUUGGGGAGAAGAUCUGCAAGACCUACCUGGAGGACAGCAGCAUUGAGAAGCUGCCCUUGGAGACCAGGACCCUCGUGAGUUUGUGGAACCGUCUGACAUAUGGAGAAUUCUCCCCCUGGAUAUUCAGAGCCCAGAAGGAGAUUUGCAAGGUGCUCUGUGGCCUCUAUGAGGAAUUUCUGGCUGCUGACGACAGAACAUUCCUCCACUUUAUGGCUCCAGGCAUGGAUGUCCCCAUGGCCAAGGUGCCAGGCCGUGCUGCUGGCAGAUGGGGACAUUUCCACCUGUCCCAGAGGAUGAACCAGGCCCUGCAGCUGAGCCAGGCCCUGCAUGGCACGAGGAGCUUGGAGGGGGUCUCCUCCAAGCACUGGCAAUUGCUUGCUGCUCGGGACCUGCAGAAAGGGGGCUCCAUCCAGGCAGAGAUGGAGCUGCUCCUGGGCAGCCAUGAAUCCCAGAGGAUGAUAGCAGAUGAGCAGGCUGUGAGCAGCCCCAGCAGGGAAGAGGAGCUCCUGCAGCUCACGAAGGCAGCACUCGCUGUUGCAUCUGAGAGGAUUGCUCGAGAGAAUGCUGCUGCUGCUGCAAGGAAGAGGGAAGCUAGAAAACGCAGUGCCUUCCUCAUGCCUCUGGCUGCCCUUGACGCUCUCUCUGCUCUCCUAUCUGGCAGGCUGGAGGAGGAGGGUGAGGAGUAUGACGAGGACGAGGAAGAUGAGGAUGAGGAUGAAGAAGAGAAGGAAGGACCCUACUAUCAGAAAAAGAAGAAGCAGAAACAGAUGGAGAAGCAGAAAAAGUCAGGGAAGCAGAAAAAGACAGAGAAGCAGGAAAAGACAGGGAAGGAGAAAAGGACAGAGAAGGAGAAAAAGACAGAGAAGGAGAAAAAACAGAGGAAGAGGAGGAAGGAACAGCAGCAGGAGCUGCAGCAGGAUUUGUUGCCCUGGAACAAAAAGCCCAGGUCGAGGCGUCCUCGGUUUGUGCAGGAUGGGACAGGGGACCUCAAGACACCGAGGAUGGCAUGGGCCUGGGAUGCCAUCCAGGAGCUUGUCAGGAGCUUCUGCAAGUUCAGGAGGGACAUGAAGAAUCAAACACGCUGUGCAGAAUUUCAGGAUUUUCUCCGUCAGGAGCGAAGAAACAAGAGGGAAAGUAUGUCCAGUGUCCCUCCACCCCUGCUCCUUCCUCCCCUGGGUUUAGGUAGAGAAGAAAAUGGAGAAAACCAGGAAACCUGUCCCUUACCUCCCACCACCAUUAUUUAUUUGCAUCCCUGCCUUAAAAACAAACCGAAUCACGAAACAGUAAAUGGAGCUAAGGAGGAGGGAAGGAGAUCACCAGGCCAGAGGGAAGGUGUAGCUCACAGGGGUAGAAAUGCCCCCAACAAAUUGCAUGUAGCUAAGGGAAGCCCAGAUGGGGUGAAGGAGCAAACCCAGUGCUGGGCAGCAGCACACAGCAUCUCUUCCCCUGACACAGACUUGCCUGUCAAGGAGAAGAAGAGCAAAAGUCCUGCCAAGAGUCCUGCCAAGAGCCCCCGCAAGGGCAAGGGCAAGGGCAAGGGCCAGCAGCAGCAGGUGACGCUGAUCAAACGCCGCAUUUUGGACAAACAGAUCAUCGUCGUCAACUUCCUCGUGGAUGACCUCCGCUUUUACCUGGAGAUGGACAGGUUUUCCAAGCUGGCUGAUGGCAUGGAAGAUGCAGAACCCCAGAACACGGAGUCAGGAAACUACAGUUCCUUUCUCAAAAAGAAACUUGAGAUCAUCAGCAAACUUUUCCUGAACUCUGACAUCCCCCCCAAGCUGAGGGUGAACAUCUCUCAGAAAGAGAGGGAUUUCAUCUGGCGUUCAUCCUCCAAGGGGCCGCUGACCCGGGCCAUCUACCACAACGCCAAGGUCACCCUCUUCCCCAUCCUGAUGUUCUUCUGGAGAAGGUUCUGCACCUGGAAGGUGAUGAGGACCUUUCAGGCCUACCAGGAGCUCAGCAGGUUUGGGACCGCUGAGGAGGAGGAGGAGGAGAACUCUGAGCUCCCUGAUGAGGGGGACAGGAGCUCUCAGGAGGCCAAGGGAGGCAGGAGCUCCAAGGCCCAGCAGCAGGAGAGGAGCUCCAAGGCCCGGCAGCAGGAGAGGAGCUCUCAGGAGCCCAAGGGAGGCAGGAGCUCCAAGGUCCAACAGGAGAAGGGCUCUCAGGAGCCCAAGGGAGGCAGGAGCUCCCGUGGCCACAAGGAGGGCAAGGUUCCAGCCUCUUCACCUGCAAAAAGCCCCUCCAAAGCAGCCAAGAGCCCUGGUCCCAAGAAGCUGGAGGCCAUUGCCUCUACUACACAACAUGCUCCAGGUUUGUUCUUCCAGUGCAGAAACACCCAGACCUGACAUCUUUUAGGUUGACCCCCUCCUUCACACAGCUUUGAGGGUGUAUGUGCUGCAGGCCUGCUGGGGAAAUGGAAUGGAAUAUUUUAUUUUUUUUUCCCUGUCAAAAUUAGUCAAAAGUG